AUGUCAGAUAAGAAGUACGAGAAGAUGAUCGGUGUCAUUGAUCAGGGAACUAGUAGUUCCAGAUUCGUGGUCUUCUCGGCUGUCACUGGCGAGGUAGUCGCCAAACAUCAAAUCGAGAUUGGCCGCGAUCAUCCACAGUCUGGCUGGGUUCAACAAUCCGCAGUGGACAUCUACCAAAGCACCCUUAACUGUAUGAAUAAAGUCGCCAAGAUCCUACAAUCACUUAAAGCCUCGGUUAAGAAUAUCGCUGCCAUCGGUAUUACGAACCAACGUGAAACUUCCAUUGCCUGGGAUAGUCAUACUGGUGAACCUCUUUGUCCUGCCAUCGUGUGGUCAGAUUCUCGAACUUCGGAUCUCGUUAAGUACUUUAUCGACAAGACUCCUAAGAAAGACAAAAACACUUUUCAGAAGAAGACUGGUUUGGCCAUCCAUAGCUAUUUCUCGGCUUUGAAGAUUCGAUGGAUGCUUGAUAACAUCCCAGCUGUGAAGGAGGCCAAUGAAGAUGGAAGACUGAAGGUCGGUACCGUUGACUGUUGGCUCAUUUACAAGCUGACUGGUGGUGCUUCCGGAGGCAAGCAUCUUACCGAUGUCACAAAUGCUAGUCGUACGAAUCUCUUUAACAUUAAAAAGUGCAAAUGGGACCCAGAGUUAUGCGAGUUUGUUGGCAUCAAUCCUCGCAUCCUUCCUACUGUGAUUAGCUCAGCUCAGACCUACGGUCACGUUCGAGAUCCUGACUGUCGUCUUAAAGGAGUUGUUAUGGGGGGUAUCCUUGGUGACCAACAGGCAGCCCUAGUUGGUCAGACUUGGGACCCAAAUCCAGAUCCAGAUUGUCCUCGACCUCAUGUAAAGGUCACUUAUGGUACUGGUGCUUUUCUUCUUUGGGACAUUGGUGAGGAGGCCUCUUUUUCGCCUCAUGGCCUUCUCACAACUAUUGCUUACCAAAUGGGUCCCAAGGCGAAAGUUCACUACGCUCUAGAGGGAGCAGUGGCUUACUCAGGAGCCACAAUGGAUUGGCUUCGCUACAAGCUGGAACUCUACACGGACCACGCAACAGGUGACGAGUUAGCAAAGAAGGCCUUGCUAGAGCAACAUGGUCCCAUUAAGAGGGAAGAGUCAGGUCAACUGGUCGAUCUGAAGACUAUGGAUGCGUGCUACCUUGUGCCUGCAUUCUCCGGUCUCUUCUGUCCGUAUUGGCGUGAAGAUGCACGAGGUGUCAUCGCCGGUCUUAAUGAGAAGUGCACACGAGGAGAUUUGAUAGCUGCAGGCUACCGCGCUUCCGCCUACCAGACGCAAGAAGUAUUGGAAGCAGCUCGUGAAAUGAAUGACGGAACAAAACGCAAACCUCCAAGAGUCAUUUCAGUCGAUGGUGGGCUAACAAAGAGCUCUGUGCUCAUGCAAAGCCUUGCUGAUAUCACUGGCUCGACGAUAAUUCGGCCGAACAAGUCGGAUGUGAUGACUGCACUGGGCGCGGCUGUUGCUGCGGCGAUAUCGGUUGGCAUUGAUCCCACCGAUCUCCUCUCCAUUCGCAAGCACGAGGGUGGAGAAGAGGAGGCGAAUACCUUCCGACCUGCAGUCAGUCCUAAAACUCGUCAUUUGUGGAUGAAAGGCUACCAGAAUGCAGUCAAACGCAGCCUCAACUGGCAAUCUGAUGUCGUCAAGGCGACUGGCGGUCGGAGCGGUACGGAAGAAUAA